AAAUAUCCUAAAUAGGAAAUGUCAAGUGAUGAUUAUUUAGACAACCCAAACGCAUUUUUAGAGGCUAUCACCACUUCUGAAGUUUUCUUUUAUUAGACCAUCCUUGUCAUUGAUUGAAAUUCAACAAUUUACUCCCUCUAUCAGCGAUAGACUCCAAAUCACUGACGACGUACACCAAUAUGAGUAAUAACAAUAAUCUACCCGCUGGCCUGACGAGUAUUACAGACGAUCUUGAACGAUACACAGAUACUUUCAUGAAAGGCUUCUGGCCAAAUUCAAGUGAUGUCGCUGUCAUCCGAUCGUGGCUCCGGGAUGAGCUCGAUGAUGCGGUCAUAGACGACAUCGCUCAAAAGUUUUCACCAAGUCACCAGAUUAAUGUGAUGGGCGUUGGGACUGGAGAUGGAUCAAUGGAUAGUAUCAUCAUCGGAAAAUUUCGCGAGGUAUUCGGAAAUCUUCGGUACACCGUUAUCGAGCCCGGUAGUGUCAUUGAGCAAUUUAAGAACACUGUGCAUUCGAGCGACGAAAUGAAGGAAGUGACCUUCGACUGGAAGAAUAAGACACUUUCCGAUGUUUGCCGAGAUGAUGCCAUGAAGUUGAAGAAUAAAUUCGUAUUCAUCAGUGCUAUUCAUUCGGCUUAUUACUUUGACAAUCUUGUGGAUUCUUUGUCAAAUCUUCUUGACUUUCUGGUGGAUGGGGGAUCUUUGAUGAUCAUAGUUAACUCAGAUGAUAACACACUGGUAAAGUUCCUCAACAAUCUGUCCUGGAGAGAAAAUAACACGCAAUCUCGAUUGGCCGAAAAGAUUGCUCAAUUCGCCGAAUCAAAAGAUCUUCAUCUUGUGACCUUUAACCUUCCAGCCAGAAUCAACGUCACUUCCUGCUUUGACCAAUCAUCCACAGAAGGUGGGAAACUUCUUGAUUUUCUAACUGAAGUGGCGUAUUUUCGAGAGACAGCAUCAGACGAUAUCAAGAAAGAAACGCUGUCUGUGAUGAGAUCAUUAUCGACUCAAGAUGAGGAUGGAAAACUCUACUUUGGAACAAAUUGUAAAGCUAUGAUCUUGACUAAGAAUCGUACCGUUCAUUAUUGAUGUUUCAGGGAGUUAACAUAUUAAAACCAUAGAAUCUAUAGACUUUAUCAGAACUCUCAAGUCGUUAUGCAGAGCAGACGCGCUUGCGCGUUUCAAGGAAUAUGAAGACGGGACGAACUUUGAAAGAGUGAAGAAGCUUAUUAGAAGCUUAAUUUGCCUACUCUUGUUUAUAGACGAACUAGGGGUGACAUGAUAGAGACCUUUAAGAUUCUUCACAAUUAUGACCCUCAUAUUUCCCCAUGUCUGUAACUCAAUUCUCUCAUCAGUACAAGGGGCCAUGCGCACAAACUUUUCAAGAUUAGAGCUAAUACGAAUGCACGUAAGAACUUUUUACAUUUAGAAUCUGCAACUUAUAUAGUCUUCCUGAGCUUGUAGUAGAGUCUAAGGAUGUAUUACAAUUUUAAAAGAGGGUUGAUUUUUGGUGGCGUAAUGCAGAAUUUAAAUUGUAUUACCCCUGGACUGCGCCAAUUAUUUAGACGUCACUGUUUAUCACCAGGAGCUGGACAUAGAGGAACAGAAAAUCCUGUGUCCAGGACUGAAACUUAUAUAACCUUAAACAACCUUAUACAAUCAGGAAUAUUUAUUUAUUUAUUUAUUAGAAAAUAUUUAUUCAGGAUAAAAAGAUCAGCUGAAUUACUGUUUUACAUCAAUGUCCCGAUGAAUAUCUUACCGGGUAUCCAUUUACCUCACCCGGGUUGAGUGCAGCACAAUGUGAGAUGUCGCUCUGCGUGUAUAUCAAGAUGGGACAACACCUAAGUAGUCAUGUAGAGUACCAAUGUGUGAUUUCAGUCAUAUUUUGGUAGCACCAGUGGCGUAGCUAGGAUUUUUUUCCUGGGGGGGGGGC